AUGGCCCAAUCCUGCUGCUCCCCUUGCUGCCAGCCCACCUGCUGCCAGCCUUGCUGCCGCCCUACUUGCUGUCAAACCACCUGCUGCACCACCUGCUACCAACCAGCUUGUGGGACCAGCUGUUGCCGUCCUUCCUGUUGCAGCACACCCUGCUGCCAGCCCACCUGCUGUGAGUCCAGCUGUUGCCAGCCUUGCUGCCGCCCUCCCUGUUGCCGUCCAGCCUGCUGUGUGUCCGGCUGCUGCCAGCCCUGCUGCCGUCCAGCCUGCUGCGUGUCCAGCUGCUGCCGCCCAGCCUGCUGCGUGUCCAGCUGCUGCCAGCCCUGCUUCCGCCCAGCCUGCUGCGUGUCCAGCUGCUGCCAGCCCUGCUGCUGCCCAACCUGCUGCCAGCCCUGCUGCCGUCCAGCCUGCUGUGUGUCCAGCUGCUGCCAGCCCUGCUGCCGUCCAGCCUGCUGUGUGUCCAGCUGCUGUCGCCCAACCUGCUGCAUGUCCAGCUGCUGCCAGCCCUGUUGCCGUCCAGCCUGCUGCGUGUCCAGCUGCUGCCAGCCCUGCUGCCGCCCAACCUGCUGUCAGACCACCUGCUGUAAGACUACCUGCUUUCGUCCAUGCUGUGUCUCCAGCUGCUGCCAACCUUCCUGCUGCUGA